GGACUUUCUAUGCAUCGUUGUCUUUCUCUCUCCUCUGACGCCCCCUCCCACCCAGCACAAGAAAAAACCUUCCAAUGAUCAAAAUUCCCAGCGGAGCAAAUUCUUGUACUGGUAUUACAAUUCAAUAACAUUUCAAAAAAAAAACGCAAAAAAGAAAAAAAAGAAAAAAAUCUCAACGUAGAUUUUCAACACUUGCAUGAAUUGAGUUGUGCUCUCAAGUACGUAACGUUCAUUUGAUUGGUUCUUCCACAACGUUGCAUUAUAUAUAUACGUAUAUGUAUCUUAUCAAAUAUCAACCCAUUGUUCAGCUUCAUUGAAUUUUGACAUAUUCUCGUUCUCUCUGAUUAUAUUGUCACGUCCCUUCGUGGGGUUGUGAAAAAUUUGAGCGAUCAGCGAAGUUUGGAUAUCAUCAAUAUUGGUGAUAUAUUUAUUAUUCAUUUAUUUGGAAGCUAUACAUAGAGGCUCUUUGACAAGGUGCAAGACCUGUUUUGUGUGUCUCUCUUUCUGGAAUUAGAUUUAGACUUUGGAGGAAUUUUCAAAUUCAAUGAGAGAUGAGACGAGAAUUGUGCGUUUGGGUUGGUGAAGUUGGAAGUUAUAAUGGAAUUGACGAGACCCAGUUAUGCUGUUGUUUAUGUCAUUCUCCUUUGUGCGUUGGCCCAAGGGGGCUCAGAGGGGAAAGAGGGGAAAGAAGAGGAGCAUUUUAGAGAUGGUGGAGCUUUAUCAUCAUCCAUUUAUGUGCAUGGAAUAAAGGUAGAAAAUGAAUGGAAACAGUGUAGGAAAGAAUUGAUAGAGAGGAUCAAUGAUGCCAAAUAUAUUGACUUGCAUCAGCUGGAAGGGAGCAGUGACGUGAAAACUAAAAAAAACAGCAUACAUAGAGAAAAAAAGUCUCUGCCUCUCCAUAUAAAAAGAAAAACUUUGGACUGCAUAAGAAUGAGUACCACUCCUGCUCCUGUUUCAGAAAAAGGUAGCUCUAGAUAUUUGUUGACAAAGGACUCUGAAUCAACCUUGGGGCUGGAAAGUGGUCAUGGGAGAAAUUUGAUUGCUGAUUCACCACAUGAUCAAAUGGCACCAACUCCUUCUAAUGCUGAAUCACCAACACCAAAUCAUGGUCCAGCACAAUCCAAUUCUCAACCAUCACCAACACCAAAUCAUGGUCCAACACCAUCUAAUUCUCCACCAUCACCAACUCCUUCCAAAGGUCUGGAUUUACUCCCUCCAGAUAUGUUUGUGCCAUUUCCACCACCACCACCUCGUGCUCCUCCUAAAAGUUCUCGACCUAAAGUAUAUUCUCCUGUUCCUUCACCACCCAACGAUGAUGGCAAAACGAAGCAAACUGUUCAUUCAUCACCAAACAAUGAUGACAAAAAGAAGCAAUCAAUUAUGAUAGCUGCCGCUGUAUCAGGAUUUAUAGUCUUGAUAGCCUUGGUCCUCUGCUGUCGAGAGGCCAGAAAGAACAAAGGUGACAGAGAAGACCGCCCUUUGCUCGUGUUAACCUCAAAUGAUUAUUCUGGUGGUUCAAAGAAGAUUGUUCGAUUGGGAGAUGCUGACAUGGAAGAAUCUGACAAUGAUAAAACCCCUUCUAAUGUUAGAAAUUGGUCCGUGAAGUUUGAAAAUAAGGAUGGAAACAAGGGUGGAAACAAGGGUGGAGAUAAGGGUGAAGAUAACAAUGUCUCACUUGAUAAGACAACAGUAUCAGAAGCUGUAGGACAAGCACCAGAGCCUGCUAAUGGAGAAGCUGCCCCUCCACCCCCUGGACCACCACCACCACCACCACCACUGGCUCCACGGGCGCCACCGCCUCCUGCUCCUCGUGCGCCGCCACCUCCAAGAGGAGGAGCUCAUCCUCCACCCGCUCCUCCCAAACCAUUGGCAGGUAAGAAACAAGGACCACUCCAUGCUAAAGAAGGAAGUUCAAGUGAAAAUGAUGCUGCUCCAAAACCAAAACUAAAGCCAUUUUUUUGGGAUAAGGUUAAUGCAAAGCCAGGCCAAUCAAUGGUGUGGCAUGAGAUCAGUUCAGGAUCAUUCGUGAUCAACGAGGAAAUGAUGGAGUCUUUAUUUGGCUGCACCAACCAGAACAAGAAUGAACGCAAAAAAGAUUCACCAUCUUUAGAUACGUCAGUGCAUUAUAUUCAGAUUAUUGACCCUAGAAAAGCACAGAACUUAUCAAUUCUUUUGAGAGCGCUGAAUGUGACUACAGCAGAAGUCGUUGAUGCUCUUACAGAAGGUAACGAGAUUCCUGUGGAGCUCAUCCAGACGUUGUUGAAGAUGGCACCUACACAAGAAGAGGAACUGAAGCUUAGGCUAUUCACAGGACAACUACAUGAACUAGGACCAGCAGAGAGGUUUCUCAAAGUGUUGGUUGACAUUCCAUUCGCUUUCAAACGUCUUGAAUGUCUCAUGUUCAUGUUUAUCCUUCAAGAAGAGUUCCAAAGCAUUAAGGACUCCUUUGCCACAUUAGAGGUUGCGAGCAACGAGCUGAGAAAAAGCCGUCUAUUUCUAAAACUCCUAGAAGCAGUUCUGAAAACCGGCAACCGCAUGAACUCCGGAACGUACCGCGGUGGCGCACAAGCCUUCCGCCUGGACACCCUCCUGAAGCUGUCGGACGUGAAAGGAACCGACGGCAAGACCACCCUCCUCCACUUCGUGGUGCAGGAGAUCAUCCGCUCGGAGGGAAUCCGCGCCGUGCGAUCCGAGAGAGCCACCGAGAGAGCGAGCAGAAGCAUCUCCAGCGCGGGAAGCGACUCCGACGAGGGCACGGAGGACACCGAAGAACAAUACCGCAGCCUCGGCCUGCAAACGGUCUCGAGCCUCAGCAACGAGCUCAGCGACGUGAAGAAGGCGGCACUGAUCGACGGCGACGCGCUGACGACGGCGGUGUCGAAGCUAGGGCACUCCCUGCUGAGGACCGAGGAGUUUCUGAAGACGGACAUGAAGAACAUCGAGGAGGAGAGCGAGUUCCGGAGCAGCGCGGAGAGCUUCGUGGUGAAGGCGAGGGGGGAGGUGACGUGGCUGGUGGAGGAGGAGAAGAGGAUCAUGGCGCUGGUGAAGAGUACUGCGGAUUAUUUCCACGGGAACGCGGGGAAGGACGAGGGUUUAAGGUUGUUUCUCAUCGUUCGUGAUUUCUUGAUCAUAUUGGACAAGGUGUGCCAGGAGGUCAGAGAGACCACCAUCAAGUUGGCAAAGGCUGCCAGUACUAUCAGCAAGAAGGACCCCGAUGCUGCUUCCGUUGCCUCUUCCCCCGACGCCCAUAGCCACCACUCUCCGCCGCCGCAGAAGCCUACUGACCUCCAUAGAAGGCUGUUUCCGGCUAUUGCAGAGCGGAGAGUGGACUACUCUAGCUCAGAUGAUGACAACGACGAUUGACAACUUUUUAUUUCUCUUCCAUUGCUUUCAUAUAUCUGCAUAUGAGUUGGUUGAUGUAAUAUGGAUGUUAAACUGAUCAAGAGUCAAGUCCAAUUGUGAUAAGAGAACAAUACACGUGAAGGACAUGCACGUAAGUAACUGUAUCUAGAUUUUGUUUAUUGUAACAAUGACACUGGUUAAAGGAUUUGUUGGUGUUGAGGUGGUAUUUUUCAAUUUGAGGGAUGGGUAAGGGAGAUGGGUGAAUUGAUUAUGUGGUUAAGUAAGUGGGAUUUUCACUAGAAAGCAUGAUGUUGUCGUUGUUGUUGUACUACUUCUCACAUAUGGCAAGAGGGGCUGCAUGCAAAGUUGAAGAAAUCAGAAGCCUGACUUGGUAAUGAAUUUCAUGCUUGUUAUAUAAAUUGCAGCUGAUUUUGUGAAGGACGUGUUUUAUCGAAGCAUUUCCGGGUGGACUCGUGAUGAAUGUUUAGUAUGGUGUUCCUCUUCAAAGUUCAAACUUGAGUUUCUUAUUUAAGUUGUACCUGGAAUCCAACAAGAUUGCCAAGGGGGUAGCUGAUGUGAAUUUGUUGUCUUGUUUUUCUGCCCACUGAUUUAAUUGAUUAUUUGUAUUGGGUUGGUGUUGGAACUUUGAACAAAAAUGAGGAAGAGUGAUAGUUGAUGAAAUCAA